CAUCGCAGAGACUUGGAGCUUCCUCCGGCCUUAGCCAAUCAAAUGCACCCGGACAGUAAGCUGACCAAUCAUGGCAAGACAGGGAGCAGCAGCGCCCAGCCCCAGCCCCACAAUGUGAGCCAAGGCCCCGCCUGCCACCUGGGCGCGAAGGGCGUGGGGGCCGGGAACCAUGGUGGCAAAGUGGGGCAGCCCCCUCCCGGCAACUCUGGACUGAAGCCCACCCCGGCUCCCCUCCCCGUCUUUGGGGCCUUGAAAGGCAAAGUGAAGCGGGAGCGGAGCGUUUCCGUGGACUCGGGAGAGCGGCGAGAAGUCCGUGCGGCCUCCCUGGACAAGGAGCUGAAAGAAGUGGCUCCUCGGAGCAAGCGGCGCUGUGUGCUGGAGAGGAAGCAGCCCUACAGCGGGGACGAGUGGUGCUCCGGCCCCGACAGCGAGGAGGACGAGAAGGCGCUCGGUGGCAGCUCCCACAAUUGUAAUGUGGCAGAGUCGGCGAUGACUGCGGCCUCGCAGCUGGGCACAGGACCCAAUGCGCUGCCCGCCCUGAGUGAGAGCAAUGCGUCCGGCACCCCCCACAGUGCGGCGCCUGGCCUGCGGUCCGAGGCUGGGAGUGGCGGAGGGAAGCAGCCGCUGCAGGUCGUCUACGUCUUCACCACGCACCUGGCCAAUACGGCUGCGGAGGCGGUGCUCCAGGGCCGCGCAGACUCCAUCCUCGGCUACCACCAGCAGCACGUGCCCCGGGCCAAGUUGGACCAGGUCCCUGCCUCCAAGCUGCCUGCAGUCCCUGAGCCGCUGCCCAUGAGCCCGUCUCCCGCCAGCACCCCGCAGUCUCAGACCGCCAUGCCGCCAAGUAGCCAGGGCCAGCCUCCGCCUCAUGUGCCCCCGCCGGCCCCGCCACCGGCUUCUGCCCCACUGGGCCUUGGCCAAGGACCAUUGCCUCCUGCGAGCACCCUGCCACCCGAGGGAGCCGCCGAUGAUGCCCGGAGGGACCUCACGCCCAACUCGGUGGGCAACGGUGGUGGCGGCGGCGGCACCGCCCCCAGCGGCACCUGUCCCAACACCCCCCCGGCCCCUGGCUCCCUGCCGGGGAGUGCUGCAGACAGCCUGCUCGGGGAAGGAGCUACCCCCGGGGGGGCCCCCUCUGCUGGGAACGGCCCCCGCCACCCACUGAGCACGGAAGGCCUCUCCAAGGAGCAGCUGGAGCACCGGGAACGCUCGCUGCAGACUCUGCGGGACAUCGAACGGCUGCUCCUGCGCAGCAGUGGCGAGGCAGAGCCCUUCCUCAAGGGGGCUCCAGGCUCGAGCGAAGGCGGCCUCCUGCCUCCCCAGGCCCCUCCCCCCCAGCCGCCAGCCCCUCCCCCUGGCGCCGGCAUGAAGAAAUACGAAGAGCCUCUGCAGUCCAUGAUCUCCCAGACCCAGAGCCUGGGAGGGCCGGGCUUGGAGCAGGAGGGGGCCGUGCCCCCUGGGGUCGACAUGGGCCAGCAGAUGAACAUGAUGAUGCAGCGGCUGGGCCAGGACAGCCUCACCCCCGAGCAGGUGGCGUGGCGCAAGCUGCAGGAGGAGUACUACGAGGAGAAGCGGCGCAAGGAGGAGCAGGUCGGCAUGCACGGAGGCCGGCCCCUGCCGGAGAUGCUCCUCCCGCCGCAGCCCAUGAGUGGCAUGGUGCUGCGGGGGCCUCCGCCACCCUACCACAGCAAGCCCGGGGAGCAGUGGCUGCUGCGGAGCCUGCCCGGGGAGCCCCUACAGGAGCCACUGCAGAUGCGCCCCCCCUUUGCGGGGCCGCGUUUCCCAGGCAGCCAGAUGCAGAGGGGCUUUGGGGGGAUGCAGAACAUGCCUCCCCUUGAGGCCCUGGGCCCCCUGAGCACCAUGCAGCGCCCGGCGAGGCCCGGCAUCACCUGGAGCGAGGAGAUGCCCAUGGGGGGCCCAGGGAACUUUGCCCCCGCCAACCUGCCUUACCCGCCGGGGCAGGGGGAGGCUGAGCGCUUCUUGACGCCCCGGGCGCGGGAGGAGAUACUGCGGCAGCAGCUGCUGGAGAAGCGGCAGAGCGGGAUGCAGCGGCCGCUCGGCGCGGAGAUGGAGCGCAUCAUGCAGGCCCAUCGGCAGGUGGAGCCCGCCCUCUUUGCCAGCGAGGCGCUGGGCCUGGAGUUUGGGGGUGCGCGGGCGGUGCUGAGCCCCCCGCUGCGGGACAUGGAACCCUCCUUGGGCCCUGGGAACCUCAACAUGAACAUGAACGUCAACAUGAACAUGAACUUGAAUGUGCAGAUGGCCCCGCAGCAGCAGCAGCAGCAGCAGAUGUUGCUGUCCCAGAAGCUGCGUGGCCCGGAGCUGGUGCCCUCAGAGGACGUGGCCCGGGCUCGGGCCCCCAGUGGCAACGGAGCCAUGCUGGGGGGCCCCCACAAGAUGCUGAUGGGUUCGCCCUUCCCCGGCCCAGGGCAGCCGGGCUUCUCUUCGGGCGGGCAGGGCCCGUACCCGGCCAUGUCGCAGGAGAUGGGGAGCGCGCAGGAGAUGUUUGGGCCCGCGGGCAGCACCACCCGGCUCAGCCACAUUCCCCUGCCCCCGACCACCCACGCCCCCUCCACAAACAUGCCCCAAGCCCCUGCCCGAGGCCUCUGCCGGCGCCCGUCUGACCUGGCCCUCAACAUGGGGCCGAUGAACUCUCCCGGCGUGGGUCGCCUGAAGUCCCCCACACUCAGCCAGGUGCACUCGCCUCUGGGCACCUCCCCUUCGGCAAACCUGAAGUCCCCCCAGACGCCCUCGUCGGCCAUGGUCAACCUGCCAGCCGCCAGCGCCCCCGGCGGGCCUCUCGGGUCCCCUCAGGUGCUCAGCUCCGUGCUCAGUGCCCGCUCCCCGGCCAGCUCGCCCGGCCACCUCAAGUCGCCAUCCAUGGCCGCGUCCUCACCAGGCUGGGCGCCGUCACCCAAGAAUGCCCUCUCCAGCCCGGCCAUGGGCCAGAGCAAGCCAGCCAUCGGAAUGAGCAACUCUGCACCCCUGGGCAACAUCGAGCAAGAUCCGCCCCCGUCCCAGAACCCCCUGUCCCUCAUGAUGAGCCAGAUGUCCAAGUACGCCCUGCCCAGCUCCACCCCCCUCUACCACAACGCCAUCAAGACGAUCGCCACCUCCGAUGAUGAGCUGCUGCCGGACCGGCCGAUGCUUCCGCCGGGGGCCAUGGCGGCAGGCGUAGGAAGCGGCCAGUCCGGCCAGCUGCACAUGAACUCGGUGGGGGUGCCGCCGGCUCCGAGCCCCCUGGCCCUCAGCCUCCCUGGACAGCAGCCACUCUCCCACGAGCCUCCGGCACCCAACAUGUCCUCCCCGAGCCCACUGGGCUCCAACCUGCCCAUGCACAGCGGCGCCCCGACCCCCAUGAUGCUGCCCCCUGGGGCCCAGGACUCGCUUGGCCAGCCCUGCGGCCCCCCCGGCCAGCUGGUCUUCCCGGCUCGCCUCCAGCAGCCUCCCGCCAACGGGGGCAGCCUGCCCGGGGCCGGGGGGCCGAGCAUGCCGCAGCAGCAGCACUACGCGCCUGGCCUGGGGCUGCCCCCCGAGGAGCUGCCCCCGCCACAGCCCGGCCCGAUGGUCCCGCCACAGCGUAUGGGUGGGAGGAUGCCGGAGCCGUACCCCCCCGUGCUCCCCGGCGUGGCCUCAGUGCUGAACGACCCGGAGCUGAGCGACGUGAUCCGCCCCACGCCCACCGGCAUCCCCGAGUUCGACCUCUCGCGCAUCAUCCCAUCCGAGAAGCCCAGCAGCACGCUGCAGUACUUCCCGAAGGGCGACGGGCAGCCCCCCCCCAAGGCCCAGCCCCCCUCCAAUCUCCACCUGAUGAACCUGCAGAACAUGAUGGUGGAGCAGGGGCCCCCCGCCCGGCCCGGCCCCCAGGGCAUGAUGCCGCGCUCCAUGGCCCUGUGCCACCCCGGACAGGUGCCCGUGCUGGGCAGGACAGGCCUGGCGCCCCAGCAAGCCAUGAUGGGCAACAGCAUGCACCAGGGCAUGAUGCUGCCCCAGCAGAACCUGAUGGCCCAGCAGAACUUCUUGCUGAUGCAGGCCAAGCAGCGCAGCAUGUCGGUGUCGGGCGAGAUGUAUGCCCCGCCAGGCCACCUGCUCUCGCCGCAGGGCUCCCUCAUGGGCCCUCCCCCCCAGCAGAGCCUCAUGGUCUCCCACCCCAUGCGCCAGCGCAGCGUCUCCCUGGACAGCCAGAUGAGCUACGGGGGCCCGGGGGCCGGCAGCAUGGCCAACCUGCCCUUCUGAGGACGCCGGCGGGAGCGGAGGCCCGGCCCCUUUUGGCCACGGAGAUCGAUCGGAUUGGAUCUUUCCCGAGUGUGAAUUCUUCCUUCCUUCCUGCUUUUUGUGAAGAGAGGCAACCAAGAUGUGCAAGAGGGACUGGGAAAGCUGUAAAUAGGUGGGAGGGGGGGAAGCGACGACAAAGUUUUGCUGGUUUGAAAUUGUUGUAUUUCUGUGUUUUAAUAGAAGCCUCAAAAACCUGUUUGGAAUGAAACAAAAAAAUCCCACUGACCCAAAGCCGGCUCAUCGUGGACUCACCAGGCAGGCCUUGCCCCACCCCCACCCCCCAUCUGGCCGAGGCUGCGGGUGACUUCUUCUCUUCCCCCACCCCCAGCUUGGGGCUGCUUCGCCCUGCUGCAGAACAGGUCUGUUGGGCUGCAUCUGCGGACCAGGCGCCCCUUGCCCCUCAAGGCCCGGGGGGGGGGAGGCAGACUGUGCUUGCGCCCCCUCAGGCCGUGGGGCUGUCUGCGGACCAGGGCCUUGGGACUUGCUGUGCAGUGGAAUAAACCCCACCCUGCCCCAUCCUUACAGGUCUCCCUGAGAGCCGUUUGCCGCCCUCGGAAGCCCGAAACCCCUUGGGUUGGAUUUUCUGCUCCUCCCUCCGUCCCACCCCUCCCCCAGUCGCCCUUGGAGGGGCUGUGAUGCCCAGGGGGGCACCGGUGCGGUUCCUGUUUCCCCUCCCCCACCCUGCAUC